CCUAAAAAAUAAGAAAAGGUCUGUCAGAAAUCCGGAUUUUAAUAUACCGUUGGUGCCAGCUAGCAGAAACAGAGUCGUGUGUUCAGCAUUUGCAACUGUCUUUCAUUGCAGCAACGUUCUUGACAGUGGUGCUUAACUGAAAGAAUAUGGCAUCAGAGGCCAAACAUCAAACUUCAUCAAAACACUGUGGGUCUACCGAACAUGGAACCAAAGGAACAGUGGUUCUUGCAUACAGUGGCGGUCUGGACACAUCCUGUAUUUUGUUGUGGCUGAAGGAACAAGGAUAUGAAGUCAUUGCUUUUCUGGCUAACAUUGGACAGGAAGAAGACUUUGAAGAGGCCAGAAAAAAGGCUGUAAAACUGGGAGCUAAAAAGAUCUUUAUUGAAGAUGUGAGGAAGGAGUUUGUAGAAGAAUUCAUCUGGCCGUCAGUCCAGGCCAAUGCAAUCUAUGAGGAUCGAUAUCUGCUUGGAACUUCCAUCGCAAGGCCUUGUAUUGCACGUAGCAUGGUGGAGAUUGCAAAAAAGGAGGGUGCACAAUUUGUCUCACAUGGUGCUACUGGAAAGGGGAAUGAUCAGAUCAGAUUUGAACUGUCCUGUUAUGCACUGUACCCUGAAGUUAAGAUCAUUGCUCCAUGGAGACUACCAGAGUUUUACAACAGAUUUUUAGGACGAAGGGAAUUAAUGGAGUAUGCCCAGAAACAUGGAAUUCCAAUUCCAGUCACACCAAAGGAGCCAUGGAGUAUGGAUGCUAACCUAAUGCACAUCAGUUUCGAGUCUGGUGUCUUGGAAAACCCCAAGAAUCAUGCACCUCCUGGACUUUUCAAAAUGACCAAAGAUCCUGAGGUCUCUCCAGAUGCAGCUGACAUUUUGGAAAUUGAAUUUAAAAGAGGUGUCCCUGUGAAAGUUACCAAUCUCAACGAUAAGACAGUACAUACUUCAGCACUGGACUUGUUUAUAUAUCUCAAUGAAAUUGGAGGGAAGCAUGGAGUUGGGCGAAUUGAUAUUGUAGAGAACCGUUAUAUUGGCAUGAAAUCACGAGGUAUCUAUGAAACCCCAGGUGGAACGAUUCUUCGCCAUGCUCAUUUAGAUAUUGAGACCUUUACCCUGGAUAGGGAAGUAAGAAAAAUCAAGCAGCAGCUUUCUCAGAAGUUUUCAGAGCAAAUAUACAAUGGUUUCUGGCAUAGUCCUGAGUGCGAGUUUGUUCGUCAGUGUAUUGCCACUUCACAGGAAUUUGUUGAAGGAAAGGUUCAGCUUUACGUGUUUAAAGGGAAUGUUUACAUCAUGGGACGGGAGUCCCCUAAAUCCUUGUACAAUGAAGAACUGGUCAGUAUGAAUGUGCAAGGUGAUUAUGAGCCCUGUGAUGCAUCUGGAUUUAUCAAAAUCAACUCUCUCAGACUAAAAGAAUAUCACCGUCUACAGAGCAAAGCAGUGUCAAAGAAUUGAAACUGAAUCAAAUGUCAGCUGCUACCACUGUGUUUGUUAGUUUUUCUGAACAGUGCUAUUAAUUGUGGUUGUUGUAACACCAUUUUUAAGCGAAUCAUAGAUGGAAAUGGUCUCACUGAGUGCUUCUUCUGGAAAUGAAAUGGAAUCAAUAAAUAUAUAUAUAUAUAUUUAAAAUAACAGAAA